AUGGAAAAAUGUUUACCUAAGAAUUUGAGGAUAUUUGGCACUUCUUACUUCAGAUACGCACGAGAAGCACGUUUUAGAGAAGUCGUAAAUCAUAUUAAGGAUAACAUUACUAAACUUAUUUCUAACAAAGAUAAAGAAGCAUUAAAGGAUAAAUGCCUAUAUUUGGCUAGAUAUCUAAUUGACAAUAAGACUCCACCAAAUUAUUACAUAUCAGAAAAAAAAAUAUGGGAAAGGGCAUUAAAUGAAUGGUUACAUCCUCAUUAUAAAAAGCUAGAUAAACUAGGAGGAUGCCCUUUGAUUAUGGAAGAAAAACAUUUUGAUAUUUUAAAAUUAAAAUAUGAAGUUGAUAACUUCUGUAAAGAAAGAAUAACCCAUCUAAAUGAAUUAAGACAGUCGCAGAGAAACCCUAAGUCUGAUAGUAGUUAUUCAAGUAAAUGUGACUCAUAUAAUGUAUGGAUUGAUCAAAAGGAAAAAUAUUUCACGACAAAAAAACACCUCAUUGAAUCGUGCUACGAAAGAAACCAAACAAAAAAAGAUCCAAAAAGGAUGUGCAACAUAAUGGAUCUUGAAACAUUUAAAAAACAGCCUAAUUGCACGCUUUCGCAUCCAGUAUUAUCUGGUAAAGAUCUAUCUACAGAAAAAAAUAAAGCUACUUCAGAAGUAAGUGAAAGUAGAACUGAAAGUGUAUCUACAACUAAAGAUGCACAACAAGAAGUUGGACAAGAUCUAUCAGAAUCUGAAGCUCAACCUCAAGUUCAAACUCAACCUCGACCCCAACAUGAGGGGCUUAGUACUCCCGAAAGUGGUAUUGAAAACGAAUCUCAAACUCUACCCCUAGUAACACCUCCAUCUGAAGCUUCAUAUAGAAAAUCAGAAAAUAUUAAUGCUCAAGGUGAACAAUCUCUCGAAGCUGAAGAAUCAGAUCCUAAUGGUUUUGUUUCUUUAUAUUCAUAUAAAUCUCCUCAGUCUACGCCACUACAAACAAAACCUGAUAUCUCCACAGAGAAACAAGAUUUUCAAAUUGUUUCUUCGUCUUCUGAAAGAUCAAAUGAUGCUACAAAUUUUCCUUUGAACACUGUUCACUCUAAAAUUCCAAAAAACAUAGUAUAUGAUAACGAAGAAACUAUAAAAAAAAUAAAAAUAAAUGAACAUAACAUGAAUAAUAAUAUACACAUGUCGAAGCAAAAAAAAGAUAGGUACAAAACUAUUAUAGAAUUACAUAUGCAAAUACUCGAAGAAUACAGAAAUGAAGAAUGGGAAUACGUAAAAGGAGAAUUUUUAGAAAUAUGCUUAGAAUUCUUAACAAAAGGGGAACACGAAACAUAUUCUUAUUUGACUAAUGACGAACAAAUAAUUGGAAAUACAAAAAGUAUUAAUCAAAAAGGAAAACAAAAAAUAUUAUGGAAUAAAUGGAUAGAAAAACAUCAAAAUCUUGCUGACAAAUUGAAAAAGGAACAUUGGUUUAAUAAUUUAAAAAACGAUUGGAAAAGAGAACUAGCUAACUUAAAAAAAAAAGAAGAAUUAAAAAAUGACCCUGAUGAAAUUCAAAAUAUUCCAUUUUCGCAAAGAGAAAAAUAUAUAUGGAGACAGUGGAUAUCGGAGAAGUGUAUAAUUAUUAAGCAAUAUAUUGAACAGGACUUAUUUAACUAUUUAACUGAUGAACUCCAGAUUAUACCAGAUGAUUAUGAUAAUGAAAAAAUUAAAGAUUCUUUGCCAUUAAUUAAUAUAGGUGAAUUAUCGAACAAAGAAGACUGCCAAGAAUUAUAUAAAUAUAUAAAAAAAAAAUUAUUAACAAAACUAUGUAUACUCGUUCUUAUGUCAGUAUUAGAAGAAUGCAAAAAAGAGCAGGACAUUGAAAAAAAUGAAUCACAUUUGGAUAAUUACAUAAUUGAAUUUAAGGAAAAAGAAAAUUCAGAUAGUAAAAAAGAAUUUAUAGAAAACAUAAGUGAAUUUAACCGUUAUUUUUUGGAAAAUACGGAAAAUCAUGAUUAUAAAACGGACGAUAUCUUUAAAAAAGAGUUAGAACGUUGGAUAAGAGAAGAUAAUACAUAUGAAUAUUCUAUGGAAAAAUAA